ACCAACGAAAUUUGUGGUGAGGAGCAAAGCAUCCAACUAAAAGUCAAAAUUAAAUUCACUUAAUGUAUCUUUUGUCAUUUAAAUGUUGCCUGUAGUGAUGAGAAUUUGAAGGCAAUUAUAUCUGAAUUCUGCUAUUUAUACUUAUUCAGAAAUUGUCUUCUGUGCUUUUUCAUGAAAUAAUCAAAUAUAAAGGAAUAUUUACAUUUUAAUAAUCACAAAACAGUUUAAUAAUGAACAUUAUAGUGCUUAAACGCUGACCUGCUUCUUGAUGUGGUGAAAUUGACCCAAAGCGCAGAAACAGUGCUACAUGUACCCACCUUACUACUAUAGACUCAUGUUCAGGCUGCAGUAGGAGAUACAUAUGGCAGCAAUGAGGAUACUUCAUUUUCAGUACUCUAGUUGUAAAAAUGUUACACUUUUAAACUUGGGAUUUAUAAUAUUUUUACAUAAACCUAAACAUCAGUGCUGCUAAGGACUGAACCAGGCUUUUUUUUUUUUUUUGAACAGGACAUGAAUGUUAUUUUUCUAUUAAUUAUCAUUGAGUUAUGCUACUUGUAUUCACUGUGAGCACUGAUAUUUGGUCUUUUUCGCUUUUGUGUUAACACUGAAUUUUCUUUGCUUAGUUCACUGGUCUGAGGUUUCAUAUGAUUAAUGUUAUGUUUGGCUAAAAGUUGACACAAGUCACAAAUCUUUUUUUUUUUUCUGAUUCUAUUAAAAAGAAAUGAUAAAACUAGUUUAUGCUGUGAUAACUCCAUAAACCUAUGUGCACUCAUCUUUUAGGAUUUGAUGGAAUAAAUUAGGUUAUAUUAGAAAUAAUGGAUUAUAUAAACAAAUGCAUUCAUAAACUAGAAUAGUCAUAAACCUUGUAUUAAAUUAGGUUAAUUAAGCGCUUAUAGUGAUAAACUGUUGUUAACUAACAUGGAGAAAGAGGCUCAGACAUGACCAAUGUUUAUUCUUGAGCACACAUCUUUUAGCAGCUUUCUUGUAAUUUUUAAGUAGCCUUCAGGAAUAGUCCUCCAGGCUUCUUGAAGACAUUCAAAACUCUUCUUUAGGUGUUGGGUAAUUUUUGCUCCGUUGUCAAAAUGAUCCCGCACUCCUUCAGUAAAAUUGAGGUCCAGGCUAUGGGGAGGUAUGUUUUCACUGUACUGACAGUGUUUCUGGGAACAUUGUGAAGAUUUAGGCUAGGCGUCUUUUUAUGCUUGAAUCACUAAAAGGUUAGUGUAUGACUCCUAGAAAAUAUAAAGAAAUGAAGAGUGUCUUUUGCAGAAUACUGUAGUUAUCAAAAGUACUUCUAUUCAUUACAAAGGUUAGCUCGCUGUAAGUUUUUAAAAAACAUAUAAAAACUAAUUGCAUAAAUCCCAGUUUGUUUGCCAAAGUACACAAAUAGAUUUCGAUGCAGUUUACACACUGAAACAGUAGGUGGCUCCGUCCGUCUGUUAACAAUGGUUUACAGUCUUCCAGAAUAUCCAAAAAAGAAGAAGAAGGAGGGGAAAAGAACUGCUUUGUGAGGGGCGGGGUUUUGUUGGAGGCAAAAAACCUAGAAAUCCCUGUCGUUGUUGGCAGCUACAACCAAUAUCCGAAAAAGAACUCAAUUUAACUGUGAAAAGGACGGAAAGCCAAGAAGAGUAAACAUGGAUGCAGGUGAAGACCAAAAUACAGGCACCAACAAUGGAAAUUCUCAGACAAGUGGCAAUUCUCAUGCACCACAGAUAGCCCGCAUGUCUCUGUAUGAGAGACAGGCUGUACAGGCUCUGCAAGCUCUGCAAAGACAGCCUAAUGCUGCUCAGUACUUCCAGCAGCUCAUGCUGCAGCAGCAGAUCGCAAAUAGUGCUCAGUUCCACAACUUAGCUGCUGUGCAACAGGCCACACUUGCUGCUAGUCGCCAGUCCAAUACUCCAAGUAACAGCAUCUCCCAAGUGCCCACCACUGUCAAUCUAAGCACCACCUCUGCGGGAGGGACUAUGUCCAGUCCUCGUCCUCAUGGUCCGGCCACCUCUGCAACCAAAACUGCUAUCAACCAGUCAGUGCUGCUGGGUGGAAACUCAGCAGGACCGGGACAGAUGUAUCUUAGAGUCAACCGUUCUCAGCUCAUCUUCAUGCCUGGUGGCCCAGCAACUGCUACUGUUGCAGCAGUUGCUCAAACUCAGCCCCAGCAGCAGCAGCAACAGCACGAAGUUGCUUCUACCGGUGCUAGCACCCAGUCUGACAAUGAUCAGGUGCAGAACCUUGCCUUACACUGUGCUUCCACAACCAAAGCAGUUGCUGUUAAAUCUGAGCUUCCAGAAAGGAAAGAUGCUUCUGGCUUUUCUCUUGGUCAGCAGCAGCAACAGCAACAGAGUUUCCCACAGACAGUUCAGCAGCAACAAGUGCAACCACAACAGCAACAACAAAUUGCCAAGAGCAGCUUUACACAACAGUCUGCCACAAAUCCACUGACUGUAAAGACUGGAAAUCAGGCUGCCAUGACUGUAACUCCUGCUUCUUCUGUAGCUUCUUCAUCCACUUCCUCUCCAGGACUCCCUCUCUCCCAACUCCUCCUGACCCCCUCUGCUGCACCGGUGAUCCUAGUACCCACGUCAAAUGUUCCUACCUCCACCCAGGGCUACCCUAUUGGCUCAGUGGCACCAAAAGCAAAUGUUAACACUCAAACUCUGGUGGUGCAACCCCUGCAACAGUCUAGCACUAAUGUAGACAAAGGUCCUGUUCCAAUACAGCCCAAGACAGUUCAGGGACACCGUUUACCGUUGCAGCUGCCCCCUCGACACCCACCGCCCAUUCUCCCAGCUCCACCUAGCAAUAAUCAGUCCACUGCUGCAGGUCACAACCCUCCUCACAUCCCUGUCCAGCUUGUGGGAGCCAGGCAGGGCGUAGCAGGAAAUAUGCAAGCUGUGGCCCUGGCACAGGCACGAAAUAGCACAGCCCAGGAAAGUCCAUCUGGUGGGAAUGUUGGCACGGCCUCCAGCAACAGUACUAUGACAAAAGCUCCUCUUGGCUCUCUCAAGAGGAAAUAUGACUGUGAUGGCCUGAAUGAGAUGACAGAAUCUUCAGACUCAGCACCCAUGAAAGACUCGGCUCCUCCUUUAUCUCCUGCACCUACAAAGGACUCAGCUCCUCCUUCAGAAGCUGCCUUCUCAUCUCCUCCCACGCUUUCUUUGCCUCUCCCAUUGUCAAGAGUAGGGCACGGGGACAAAGACAGAGCACCUGUUCCCCAGGCUGUCGUCAAACCACAAGUUCUCACUCAUGUUAUUGAGGGCUUUGUGAUUCAGGAGGGAGCUGAGCCCUUCCCUGUUGCUCGGCUUCCCAAAGACGGAGAUUUUGCCCUGGUUGGCUGCACAGAAAAUGGACCUCCAUUGUUGAAGUGUGAAUACUGUGGGAACCUUGCUCCAGCCAGCCAGUUCAGAGGAUCAAAGAGGUUCUGUACUAAUACUUGCGCCAAAAGGUAUAAUGUAAGCUGCAGCCAGCACUACAAAUCCAGCAGAGGGAGAACAGCUGCAGGGCUGGCACCAAAUCCAGCACCCACAGAGAGCACUGCUAGGCGUAGGGGCUCCACUCGCAGGAGCAGUUCUAAUAUCACCUCUAAUAAAAUAUCAACCAAGCAUCUACCUGUCAAGUUUAACUCAGAGUCCAGUCGUUCAGAUGAAGUAUCCAGCGAUGGCGAAGAAGACGAUUCUCCUUCACUGUCUCCGAGUUCUUCCCGCUCCUGCUCAAGAGCCGAGCACAGCGCUCUUCAGUCUGACAGCUCAGCUCCUGGAAGUCUUCCACUAGAGGGGGCUGGCUUCCUGUCUUCGACUCCUUCCCAGUGGAGCGUGGACGAAGUCUACAGGUUUAUCUCCUCACUUCAAGGUUGUGAGGAGCUGGCUGCCCAGUUUCAGUCUCAGGAAAUAGACGGGCAGGCGCUGCUGCUUUUGCGUGAGGACCAUCUCAUCUCCACCAUGAACAUCAAGCUGGGUCCCGCUCUCAAGAUCUGUGCCUCCAUCAACAGCCUGCGUGAGUAAUGCUGCCAGAAGGACUCCAGGAUUGUGUUCUCAUAGCCAACUUCUCACUGAAAUCAACACUUGGACUCUUAAAAAAAAAAAAAAAAAAGACUGAGAACUUUGGGAUUAAUGAAGAUGCUCCAUCGGUCUUGUAGAGACAAGAAGAUGGAGAGUUUACUUUCAGGACACUGAAUGUGCAGAAGACAUGAAUGCAUAUGUGUGAGUGGUUCGUGAGAAGUCCAGUAUACAUGUCAGUAGUGUUUUUCUUUUGUUUUUUUCUGUCACUGUGAGUAGAGGCGUUUUUACGCGUGGAAGGAGAAACUGCAAAUCAGACAGCAUAGCGACAUCGGUGCUAGGACAGUUCACCACUUGGGUGCAAAAAAAAAAAAAAAAAGAACCUUGCCUUCUUGUUGUAUUUCAAUCGGUGCUUUAACUUUAGCGACGUGAUUAGCAACAGUCCAUUACGUUGAUAUUUCCGUUCUUUUUGUAGUUAAGCUUAUAGUUUGCCAUAGAUGUUCCAUCCAGGCUCCAAUCAUAUCACGGAAAAGACACAGAAAGCCUGGGCUUUUUUAAUUAGGUUAUUAAAACAGUUAUUGAAAGUUUAGUUUUGUAUCUUUUCCAUUUUAUACUACAAACAAAAUUAUUUUUUCAUGGAUACUGUAGUUUUAGUGGCUUUAAUCAACCUAACUACCUGAAAAUAGGUUUUCCUCAUGGUUUGCUCUUUCAACGACUGGAAGCGCUCUCUGUGCGUGUAUGCAGUACUACCAAUAAAAAGUACCUGUUACUGGA